AUGUCACUCCAUGCAUCAUUCCUUGUCACUCUACCGAACCACAAUGUUCGGUACCUUUCUGUGCUGCAGAGGCCAUCAAAGAAUCAUCCAUUCAAAGCAGAAAGCUCCGAUUCUGGAUUUUUACACGAAGGACGGUUGUCCUUACCAGUUACUAGCAAGUCUGCCCUCAAAUCGUCCCCCAAGAGGCUGACGUUUUGCAUCCCGUUUCCUGGCCGAGACCCUGUACAACCACCACAAAAAUUGAGUCGCAUAAGCGAGAAGGCGCCCACUGUUACUACGUGUGAUAAACGCGUCUCUAACGAUACAGUGAUCCGAACGUCCACUGCUUUACAUGAUGCAAUCCACCCACAGGUGGAGCCUACCGUUCGUUCAAAGUCUGCGGCAUCUUCUGGCACUUGUGAUGCUCCUGGACAUAAUACCGAGGAGACUUUCCUUGUCCAAACUCCGACCAAGGCGCUCAGUGAAUCGGACCACCUAUCCUUUCAUCUAUCUAGCCCUCCGACUGUACUGGGGAAUCUCGUCACUGGGAACAAUACCCCGCGUCAUUUGGGUUUUUCUCAAAAGCCAGCUUCUAUCAGAAACCCCAACCGGCUAAACCAACUUCCCACUGGAACUAUUCAUGGUCGUUCGGUAAGUGAUACCACCGUACUUUUUGAUCCCAUGACAUCCCUUAUGUAA